UUGGUGUGUGCCGUCAUGUCUGAGAGGCACAUUUUGUCUGGCUUUGACACAGGCAGAACUGGACAACUGAAGCACCCCAACCUGGUCAACCUGCUGGAAGUCUUCAGGAGGAAGCGGAAACUCCACCUGGUCUUUGAGUACUGCGACCACACGGUGCUCCACGAGCUGGACAAGCACCCGCGGGGGGUGCCUGAGCACCUCGUCAAGAGCAUCACGUGGCAGACACUCCAGGCUGUGAACUUCUGCCACAAGCACAAUUGCAUCCACCGCGACGUGAAGCCGGAGAACAUCCUGAUCACCAAGCAGUCGGUCAUCAAGCUUUGCGACUUUGGAUUUGCUCGCAUCCUGACUGGACCCAGUGACUAUUACACAGACUAUGUGGCAACCCGAUGGUACCGUUCUCCCGAGCUGCUCGUGGGAGAUACUCAGUAUGGCCCUCCCGUGGAUGUCUGGGCUAUAGGCUGCGUUUUUGCAGAGUUGCUCUCUGGUGUCCCUCUGUGGCCUGGCAAAUCAGAUGUCGACCAGCUGUACCUAAUCAGGAGGACACUGGGGGACCUCAUUCCCAGACAUCAGCAAGUAUUCAGCACCAACCAGUUCUUCAGUGGGGUAAGGAUUCCAGACCCAGACAAUAUGGAGCCACUGGAGGCGAAAUUCCCUAACAUUUCAUAUCCUGCUCUAGCCCUGAUGAAGGGCUGCCUUCAUAUGGACCCUGCUGAGAGACAAACCUGUGAGCAGCUACUGCAACACCCAUACUUCGAUGGCAUUAGAGAAUCAGGAGAAUUGGGAAAGGAGCAUGAAAAAGCUGCUCGGAAGCCAGCCAGGGCAACACGAAAGCACAUGCCAGGGCUACAACACCUUCCUCAGUUAACCAGCAGUAACGUGUUACCAGCUUUGGAUAACAAGAAGUAUUUUUCCAACACAAGAAAACUGAACUACCAUUUCCCCAACAUCUGAGAAGAUCCAGGCCACUACUGACAACUAAACUACAAGCCCUCCAGAAUUAAAAAAA